AUGUCAAUUCCCGCAAGGAUAGAACAAGUAAAGAAGAAGAAGGCUUGCAUAAAUUGUUUGAGAUCAGGACACUUCGCAAUAAAUUGCAAAUCGCAAAAAUGUCGGAAAUGCAGCAAAUCACAUAACACGCUUUUACAUCUCGGGACAGAGGUCGCUGAGACGAAGAGUGAAGAGAACAAACAGGUGGUCAAAGCGCCAGAAGUUAAGAACGAAAAUAAGGAAGUCAUAUCAGCACACUCGGCAGUGAAGAACUCCAUGCAUUUAUUAUUACCUACCGCGAUGGUGAGAAUAAUCAGCAAAGAUGGACGAAUACAUAGAUGCAGCGCACUUUUGGAUUCAGGAUCCCAAUCGAAUUUUAUAACUACAAAUUUAUGUAAUAAAUUGGGUCUUCACACUAACGAGGUCAAUUUUACAGUCGCAGGUAUAAAUCAAUCGCAAACUAAAAUUUUAGAAAUGACGAAAGCAACCAUUCAGUCAAUGUACGAGGAUUACGAGAAGGAACUUACGUUUAUGGUGAUGCCAAGGAUUACAUCCAACUUGCCUAGCGAAUCGGUAGACGUAAAAGGAACAAAUAUUCCAGCUAAUAUUCCACUCGCAGAUCCUAGUUUUCAUAAGCCUAAAAGGAUCGAUAUACUUAUCGGCGUUGAUCAUUUCUGGGACUUAAUGUGUCAUGAACCUUCAAAUCAUCCGUAUCUGCACAAGACAAAAUUAGGAUAUAUUGUAUCGGGCAAAUUCCCUCAACAACGAGACGCAGGAAUAAUAGUGUCAUGCAAUUUAUCCACCAGCACAGCUGAAAUAUCACGGAAUUUGGAGCAAUUUUGGAAGGUCGAAGAGCUACCGGAACAGUCGCAUUUAUCCACAGAGGAACAAGGUUGUGAAUCCCAUUUCAUGAGUACCACAAAACGAGAUAACACUGGUAGAUUCAUCGUAUCUAUACCUUUCAAGGCAUCCCCAGACAUGCUAGGCGACUCGAAGGAGUUGGCGCUAAAACGCUUUAAAUCGGUGGAACGGAGGUUACUAGCAAACGAAGAAAUGCGUGGUAAAUACAUAGCGUUCAUGCAAAGGUAUCAAGAGCUUGGGCACAUGAAGAAGGUUAUCGAUGAUUAUUCUGCAAUACAAACGUGCUAUUUGCCACAUCAUGGUGUGGUGAAGGAGGACAGCCUCACCACAAAACUCCGCGUCGUGUUUGACGCUUCGGCGCCAACAGCAACUGGCAUAUCACUCAACGACAUACAGAUGGUUGGACCUACCAUACAACGAGAUCUUAUAUCUAUUAUUUUGAGUUUUAGGCAAUAUCCCUAUGUAAUAGGAGCGGACAUCGCUAUGAUGUAUCGUCAGAUAUUGAUAGAACCAUCUCAAC